AUGAGUGAGGAUAAGAAUUUCAUGCAACAUGCUGUCCCGCGUUUCGAUGGUCAUUAUGACCAUUGGAGCUUGCUUAUGGAGAAUCUCUUGAGAUCUAAAGGGUAUUGGAGUUUGAUUGAAACUGGUUAUAAAGAACCAGCGGCAGAAGUGGUGUUGUCUGAAGCACAACAAAAGGAACAAGAGGAAUUGAUGUUGAAGGAUCUCAAAACCAAGAAUUAUCUGUUCCAAGCCAUUGAUAGAAUAAUUCUUGAGCAAAUACUGGAGAAACGUAUUAUAAAGCAGAUAUGGGAUUCGAUGAAAACAAAGUUCAAAGGAAAUGCUCGGGUGAAACGCUCAACUCUUCAAGCAUUGAGGAGAGAUUUUGAAAUUCUAGAGAUGAAAACAAGUGAAACCAUCACAGAAUAUUUUGCUCGUGUCAUGAUUGUCUCCAUCGAGGAAUCAAACGAUAUUGAUGCACUCACAAUUGAUGAGCUGCAAAGUUCACUCAUUGUGCAUGAACAAAAGUUUCAGAAGAGAAAUGGCGAGGAGCAGGCUUUGAAGUAUGAGUGCCCAGCUUGGGAGAAGGAGGCCAACUAUGCAGAAUUAAAUGAUCACGAAGAGAUUCUCUUGAUGUCUUGUGUUAAGGUGAACCAUGCAUUAUGUGAAGAUAUUUGGUUCCUUGAUUCAGGUUGCUCAAAUCAUAUGAGUGGGAACAAGGCUGCAUUUUGUGAGCUAAAUGAGACAUUCUGGGAAAAAGUGAAAUUGGAAAAUGGCACCAACAUGCUUAUACUUGGAAAAGGAAGGGUGAGAUUAAAUGUCAAUGGUAGUAACCAUGUGAUCACUGAUGUCUUUUAUGUCCCAGAGCUGAAAAAUAAUCUCUUAAGCAUUGGUCAGCUUUAA